UAUCAAUAAAAAUUUACCAAAGUAGUGGAUUAAUAAAAUUUUAUUGCAAUUUUAUAUUUAGUUUUAUUAAAAAAUAUUUAUUUUUUAAAGUAGGAAUCAACCAAGGCCAAUAAUGGGGAAUGAACCUACUGGUGGAUAUUCUGAGUUUGAAAUGUUGGAUGUACCAUUCAAAGAAUCAAUAGAAGACCUAGGAAAACAAUUCCUUAAAACGAAGACGUUUGAUGAUAGGUUUGGGAUUGUAUGGAACUUUAUGAUGACAGCUCCUAUCUACGAUCCCAAACAUCCUAAAGUAAACAAGACAGUUGCUGAUUCAAUAAGUUGGCGUAAAAUUGGUAACAAAGAAUACACCAAUUUGAAAAAUGAAGAUAAUAUAAGCAAAUCAAUUCAGGCAUACACCAAGAGUAUUGCUUAUGCACCAGUUGGAUCCAGUGAAUUGUCAUUGGCUUAUGCAAAUCGUUCAGUAGUAUUAUUCAAAGCAGGAUUUUAUAAUGAGUGUCUUCAUGACAUCGAACAUUCUUUAAAGGCAGGCUAUCCAGAUUAUUUAAAAACAAAAUUACAUAUUCGUCAAGCAUUGUGUUUCAAAGCAUUGAAACCAAGCUCACAUAUUGAGACAGGUAUUUCAAUGGCCAGUGCAAUGCAGUGGCUACCUAAUUUAAAAAAAAACAAUCCAAAUUACAACAUCAAAGAUGAAUACUCAAAAAUGAUGAAACAACUUCAGAAACCUCGUGAUACAAACACUGUUAAAUUCACUCCAAUGAUUAAAAAUAAGAAUUCAAUAAUAGCUGGUGGAUCUGAUGCAAUUAAAUUAAUAAAAUCAAAUGGAAAUAAUCAACAUAUUAUUGCAGCGAGAAGCAUUAAAUCUGGUGAAUUUAUUUACAUCAAUAAACCAUUUGAAAUUAUUACUUGUGAUGAUAAACGUUACAACACUUGCUGGCAUUGUUGUCGUCACACUUUAGCUGGUAUACCAUGUGAUAAUUGUCCAAGUAUAGUAUUUUGUUCACAAAAAUGUAAAGACAUUGCUUGGAAUGAAUAUCAUGAUCUUGAAUGUCCAAUUUUAAGUUAUGCUAUGAAAUUAAAAUUAUGUACUCAAGACGAUUGGCAAUUCCAAUUGACUAUUAAAGUUUUAUCAAAAUCACUUAAAGCCACUGGUGGUAUUGAUGCAUUGAAAAAAAAAAUUAAUGAGGUUGAUGCAAAGAAAGAUAAAUCAAUGAUUUAUACUGAUGGUAUUUUUGAUGUUAAUACUCUUGAUAAUUUUCAUCGUCUUGAUUAUUCCCAGCCAACUUCUGAUACAUGUUUAUUCCCUCGAGUCGUUCGAACUGCAUCAAUUGUUUUAUUGUUUGGACUUGAAACAAAUAUUUUUGGUCGAAAAAUGAAACUUGCUGAAGUUUAUUCAAAUAAACAAUCACCAGUUUUGGGAGGUUUGAUACUCAGGUAUUUAAUGACUGUCCAACGCAAUGCUACUUUUUGCGAUUGUCAUGGAUCAACAAAAGUCACGUUGACACAUGCUAUUAUAUUUCCAUUUGAAAAUAUGUUGGUAAAAAAUUGUGAUCCUCAUGUCAACUGGUACAGCUAUGAAUCGAAUGUUGCAGUUGUAGCCGAAAGACCAAUAAAAAAAGGAGAAAAAAUACGUUUCUCAACAGCUGGACGAUUCCAAGACGUGCCACUAUCUGAACGUCGAAAGAUCCAUGCAUCAUUUGAUCUUCCGCCAUGCAAAUGCUUAGCAUGUGUACGAGAAUUACCACUGGUGAUAAAUCUUCCAUCUUACAAGACUUUGACGUUGUCGAAUCAAGUUGAAAGAGAAUUGGAUCGUAUUAUGAUUAAAUCAGCUGGUUAUUCUGAGCUCAUUGCUGAGGGAGAUGCUGAGAAAUUGCUCAAAAUAAAAGACACUUUGUAUAAAAUGACUGAUAAAUUUUAUCAACAUGUUACUGUUCCUUGCAAAGAAGCUUCUUUUUUUUCGCUGAUGCUGGGAAUGUUGCAUCACCUACUUUCUAUUCCACGUUGUAUUAUUUAG